GCAGCCGCGGGCAGGACAUGCUAGGUAGAAGAGAAUCCUGCUCUUCAGGACAGAUCCUGAUGACUGACCUAAGCUGCCUUGCCUAUGUGCUGGAAGAAUGGACUGCUGUGGAGUACUUGAAGAAAUACUUUUUUCAUCUGGUCAUCAUCUCACUGACAAUUAUUGCCAUAUUAAUGCUUUUUAUAGUUCCUUUAACAAUUGUCUUUUUCAUUUACCUUAGCAACAUUUUGCUUUUAAUCUAUCAGGGGAGUGGCGAGCUAAGAGCCGAUCCCUUGAGCCAUGUUUGGGAUAGUGCAAGGAAAACUAUAGCAAGCUUUUGGGAUAUACAUGCAAGAGUAUGGCAUGGUUAUGAGCUUCAUGGUGUGGAAAACCUACCAGAAGGACCAGGAAUUGUGGUGUAUUACCAUGGAGCUAUUCCUAUAGACUACCUUUACUUCUUGUCUAGGCUGUUUCUUUGGAAGAAAAGAGUUUGCCUGUCAGUAGCUGAUCAUUUUGUCUUUCGUUUACCAGGGCUUAAAUUGUUAUUGAGUGUGAUAGGAGUCAUGCCAGGUACAAGGGAGGAGUGCCUUGUUGCACUGAAGAGUGGCUACUUGGUGUCCAUCUCACCAGGUGGAGUUAGAGAAGCGCUGUUCAGUGAUGAAAGUUACCAGCUCAUGUGGGGGAAUCGAAAAGGCUUUGCUGAGGUUGCUUUAGAAGCAAAAGUGCCCAUCAUUCCAAUGUAUACUCAAAAUGUCCGGGAAGGAUAUAGGAUGUUUAAAGAAAGAAGGUUUUUAAGGCAGCUGUAUGAAAGCACUCGGCUGCCCCUGAUGCCACCCUAUGGGGGGCUCCCAGUUAAAUUUCGCACGUACAUUGGGGAGCCAAUCCCAUAUGAUCCCAACCUAACUACUGAGGAACUGGUGGAGAAGACCAAGACUGCUGUCCAGGCUCUCAUAAGCAAGCACCAAAGAAUCCCAGGGAGCAUACGGAAGGCUUUAUUGGAGCGAUUUGAUAAACGUCGUAAAAGUGAUUAGAAUGCUUCUGCUCUUUCAUUGUUUUCACAGCAUACAGUAAAAAAACAGUGUCCUACAGCACUGCUGGCUACUAAUUGGUGUGCAUCCAGUUUAAUUUACAAGUUUCUACAGAUAUGACAGAAGAAAACAAUUAACCUCUUGAAGGUUCCCUGUGUCUUUGAGGAUGUUCUGGAAGUAGAAAGACUGGUGGAGAGAACUGGUAGCAACGCAGCAGCUAGAAUUCUCAAAGGAAAUCAUGUGGCCAGGAUUUGCCUGGUUCCCCCAAAAAAGUAUGUACAUACACCUGGCAGCCUCAGCUUGGUUUAAAUCUGUGAGUUUUGAGCUCUUCAAGGUCCAGAUUCUGAGCAGAAUCUCAAGAGCUGGUGUUGUCCCACCAGAAGGACAGCUCACCUGUUUGGUCCCAUACAAGACAGUGUCAGAAGAGAAACUGUGUCCCUUUAGCUAAGGAUCUGCUGCUCAGACCAUUGUUCUAGAGGGAAACAAUGCCAUGAAACCAGAUAUUAGCCUCCUACAAACACAUCAGUGUAGUGGUUUGGUAUGCUGGAAAGAAGGAAUGCUGCAUCCCCGUCAGGAAAAAAAGGCUUUCCAAGAGGGGGGAAAAAAAAGAGAAAAGCUUAAAUGUAGCACUAAGCACAUCCGUGUAGAAAGUAGUUUCAGUUCCAGACUGGUCCACUCAGGCACUGUUGCACCAUCAGCACUGGUUUAGUGGCCGAGGCUGCCCCCAGGCUGGCGAUCCCUGUGUCUGCAACGGGAUGCGCUGUGCUCGCCCUGAUUCCUGAGAGCAGGCUGGGGAGAGUUUACUUCUGUAACGCAACCCUGGGGCUGUCACCACUGGUGGUUUGCCUAAAAACGCAGUACCGCGACACUGCUGUCCCGGCAUGGACUCAAGUGCCUGUUAGGAAAGGGGCACACGAGCAGUGUUGUCUGCCUAAUAGAGCCUGCAGAGCACUGGAACUUGCCACAGAGCAGAGUGUGUCUUUACAAGCUGUGGGACGUUGCUCCUGGUGGGGGUGGGAGAACUGUGUGUAACCUAUCCAAUAUACCAUUAAAUGCAUCAAGUCUGUUAACUUCAAACACCAAGAAAGAUAACUUUUGUGCCUCGUUUUUCCUUCUUGUACUUUUAAUACCUCGGCAAUCUUUGCCCUCAGCAUCCUAAACCUUUUUGUAACAUCUUAAAGAAAUACAUAACUAGCUUUUUUUUUUUCAAUAGAGACCUAAGCCUAGAGGGUUUAAUCCAAAUAAAAACUUUGUCUUCCCAUACUGCUUCUCUACAAACAUUUCUUGAACAUCUGAAGAAGGGAGCAGGAUAGACAGAUGACUUAUUUCUCUGGAGCAAAAAGACAUGAAUCCUGUCCUGGAAAAAAGAAAAUAGCUCAAAUUUGUCCCAAGACACAGAAAUGUUUCUUUGAACAUCAUAAUUACAAAUAAACAGGCAAAAAGGUUGUUUUUUUUCCAGCAGACUUCAUCAUGCAUGGGUGAUGAUAAACUGAAGCAAACCAGGAUG